CUCCAAACCACCAAUUCUCUCCCACAACCACCUACACCACCACAGCCAACCAUGCGUCUAAUCAAGCAAUCCAUAGACCGGCGCACCGGUGCCGGCACCGCGACCCUGCUCCCGGAAGAGCCCGAAGACAUGUGGCACGCCUACAACCUGAUCCGGCCACACGACGUGCUGCGGGCGAGCGCCGUGCGCAAAGUGACGACAGCCUCAGCGACAGGCGCGACGUCGUCGAAGCGCGUGCACACGACCCUCUCGAUCCGCGUCACGGGCAGCGACUUCGACGCCGCCGGCGGCCAGCUGCAUGUCAUGGGGCAGGUGGCGGCGGAGAACGAGUUCGUGGGGCUGGGCCAGGCGCACACGCUCGACCUGGAGCUGCAGCGCAACUUCACGCUCGAAAAGGCCGACGGCUGGGACAGCAUUGCUAUCGACAUGCUCAAGGAGGCGACGGAUCCCACCAAGCGCGCUGAGACGUGGGCUGUCGUUAUGCAGGAGGGCUUGGCCAAUAUCUGCCUUAUUACCGAGCAUCAAACGAUUCUGCGCCAGCGCGUCGAGGUCGCCAUCCCCAGGAAACGGCGCGGCGGGACCAGCGACCACGAGAAGGCCCUCGAACGCUACUUCUCCACCGUGCUCAGCACGCUGCUACGCCAACUCGACCUGAGCGCACAAAAGCCGCUCCUGCUCGCAUCCCCCGGCUUCACCGCUAGCAGCUUCCAGUCGUACAUCAAAGCGCACGCGCUCAGCAGCGGCAACAAGCCGCUGCAAGCGCUGGUGCCAUCCAUCCUGAUCGCGCACUCCUCCUCGGGCCACGUGCACGCGCUCGCCGAAGUGCUCAAGUCCCCCGCCGUGCUCGCGCGCCUCAGCGACACGAAAUACGCGCGCGAAACGCAGCUGAUGGACAAGUUCAUGGCGUUGCUGCGAGCGGACGACGGGCGCGCGUGGUACGGGCCGCGCGAGGUCGAGCGCGCGGUCGAGAAGGGCGCCGUCGGCCGCGGCGGCGGCGUCCUGCUUAUCUCGAACGCGCUGUUCCGCUCGCAAGACGUGGGCGUGCGCCGAAGAUGGGUGAAGCUUGUGGACCGUGUCAGAGAGGUCGAGGGCGGCGAGGUUAGAGUCCUGAGCUCGGCGCAUGAGAGCGGCAAGCGCCUCGAGGGCUUGGGCGAUAUUGCGGCUAUUCUGACGUUUCCGAUUGAGGAGCUGGGCGAUGAGGUGGACGAGGAGGUGGAGCGCGAGGAGAGGGAGGGGAGGGCGCCGCUGGAGGUGGAGCCGACGCUGUUAUGAGUCUGCGAUUCUAUUUCCUGAAAAGCAUUAUUCCCACGACGCAUUAUUCCCACACCGUACCUCUUCCCCAUCUCUCUCAUCUGUCUUUCUCCCUCCCUCAGACCAGGAGCAUACAUGC